CCUAGAGCUAUCUCCUCCUUACCAACCAUCUCAAAAUCCUUUUGCCGAGCGCUAUGGGGCGCUUAUAACCGCGAUGGCUAGGCAGAUGACCCAGGGUGCUGGCCUACCAAGCUAUCUUUGGAAUGAGGCCUCUCUCACUGCUAUCUACAUCCAGAAUCGAAUACCUCACCGGUCUCUCGACUGGAAAUCUCCAUCCGAAGCUCUCGCUGAUUACCUUAGAGAUAAAGCCCCUCAUUGGCUAAAGAGACUGCCAGACCUAUCCAAUAUACGUGUGUUUGGAUGUAAAGCCUUCGUCAGAAUCAACAACAUACCGAAACUAGCUAAGAUGAGCCCUCGCGCUGCCAUUGGCUAUCUUGUUGGUUACGAUGCAUCUAACAUAUGGCGAAUCUGGAUACCCUCAAAGAGAAGAAUUGUUCGUGCACGAGACGUUGAAUUCGAUGAAACACGUUUCUAUAGCGACGAAAUCCCUCCUCAUCGCAUUGAGAUUAUUGACGAUUCAUCUCAAUUACUGCUCACCCUUGACGACCUAGCUGCCACACGAAUUCUUGAUGAGAUAGACCUGCCUGAACCGGCUAAUCUAGCCAACCAGGAGGAUUUGCUAGAGGACCAACCUAGCCAAGGGGGUGUGGGUAGUAAUUCUGUUGACCAAUUGGACGAUCUUGACCAGUUUGCUCCUGACGACCAAAUCCUUGGAGACCUACCGCUCACGCCAGUUGAGCAGAAGGAUGCCUAUCAAUCUGAUGAGGCCCUUGACCCUGAUAUUAACGUCCCUGACCGCCCUCCUUCACCAGUUGUUUUAAUAGACAACUCUGAUUUCGACUACUCAACCUACCUACCUUCCUCUUUAGGCAAGCACGAUAGAGAUGAUUCAUCUGACAACGACCACGACGAUAAGCGCCAUCGCGCCCUUACUGCUUUCUACCAUGCGUUCUCUGCCAAUUAGCAACUACUAAAGCAGCUAGCAAUCUCAUCUUUGCCGCCGGCACCAUCUGAUUAUGGCUAUCUGCG